UGGAAUUUCAGAAUUGCGCUACAAUGUGCGCUUUGAACUUAGAUAUAGAGUCAUUCGAAAGGCGAUUCACUAAAUUGUAUGCAGACUGGGAGGAUCCAAAAAGUCAAUUGCAUGAUGUAGAAUCUAUAGCGCUCCCAGCAGGAAAAGUUGACAGUGUGUAUGGGAAAACUUUGUCACUACAUAUGUGGCUUUUUGGAUACGAACUGCAAGAUACAAUCAUUGUGUUAAAUAAACAGUCAAUGGUUGUAUUGUGUGGCAAAAAGAAACUGGAUUUCUUACAUCCCCUGGAAAAUCGUCAGUUCGGUAAACACACAGUGGUUCUUAUACCCAGGAACCCGGCUGACAAAGAUAAGGCAGGCAUUAAAAAGCUUAUCGAUUACUUAAAGAUAAGUGGCAAGAGUGGGAAAGUGGGUCAUUUGGCGAAGGACAAGUUUGUAUCGGAGUUAACUGAAUCGUUCUCCGCUUCUCUACGAGAGGAAAACUUCCAAUUGGUGGAUGUCUCAGGUGCUAUUAGUGAAGUUUUGGCUGUUAAAGAUGAUGCAGAACUUGCGUUGUUGAAAAAGGCCUCUGAUGUAACAUGUACAGUUUUCACCAAACAUUUGAAAGAACAAAUCAUGGACGUUAUUGAUUCUGAUAGAAAGGUAAAGCAUGAAAAGCUUUCUAGUGAUUGUCAAAAUGCACUUCGUAAUCCAACCUAUCUAUCAGGUUUAGAUCCUGAUCAGGUAGAAAUGUGUUAUGAUCCAAUUAUACAAAGUGGUGGAACAUACAAUCUUAAAUUCAGUAUUGAAAGUGAUUCACGCUCCUUGCAUUUUGGUACAAUUAUUUGCUGUUUGGGUGUACGUUAUCAAUCCUAUUGUUCCAACAUAAUCCGUUCAUUAAUGGUGAAUCCGACGGAUGAACAAUCAGCAAACUAUACGUAUCUACAUGAUCUCCUUGACUGGUGUAUUGAACAGAUUAAACCAGGUGUUAAAAUAGCCGAUUUUUGUCAAGCUAUUGCUGAUAAAGUCUCCAGUGAACGUCCUAAAUUAGCAGAGAAUCUCCUACGUAAUUAUGGAUUUGUAACGGGAAUUGAAUUUCGAGAUAGUAAUCUUCUUUUAUCUAAUAAAUGCACAUCAACGUUUCGUAAAGGAAUGACACUCAACUUUAACUUAGGUUUCCAGAAUUUAGUCAAUAGUCUUGGUAAAUCUCAAACAGAAAAACAAUACGCUCUUUGGUUAGGCGAUGUACUGGCUGUUGGUGUUGGCGAAAAUGGUGAGAAUACGGUGUACACUCUAGCAGCUAAACGUCGUCCAAAAUCGAUUAGUUUGUAUAUAAAAGAAGAAGAAGAGGAAGAGGAAGAUGUGGAUGAAAAUGAUGAUGGUGAUGAAAUGGUUGAUGGGAAAGAUACCUCUAAAUCAGCAUCAAAAAGUACACGUUCGUCGAAUGGGACAAGUUCAGUGGCAAAUGCUAAAAAACAAGGCAUGUCAAAUGGUGAUAGUGCAAUGAAUACACAAGAAUUAUUAGGCAGAGGACAUCGGAGGGCUAUUGUUGAUCAGAAAACACGAAGUGAACAAACUGCUGAAGAGAAACGUAUGAGUCGUAGACGUGAUUUAUUCCAAGAAUUGUUGACAAGCUCUACUAAUCGUCUAACAGGAUUAAAGACGGAUACAAAUGCUGAUAAGAAAAUGAAAUCGAGUAUUGCCUAUAAGGGUGCUGGUCAAAUGCCUAAAGAAGAUGAUGUGCAUAAAUUGAGAAUAUUUGUUGAUAAGAAGUACGAGACUGUUAUUCUACCGAUCUUCGGUUUGCCGACACCAUUUCAUAUUAGUACCAUAAAAAAUGUUUCAACAUCUAUUGAAGCGGAUUAUACCUAUUUACGUAUUAAUUUUCACCAUCCCGGUGUAUUGGUCGGUGGAAAGGAAUCAUCUGGAUUCCAGAGUCCUGAAUCUACUUAUGUCAAAGAAAUGACUUAUCGUGCUUCAAAUAUCCGUCGACAUGGAGAAGUGACUAUUCCUUCGACUAAUUUGAAUAAUGCUUAUCGAAUUAUUAAAGAAGUGUUGAAACGUUUCCGUUCACGUGAAGCUGAAGAAAAGGAAAGGGCUAAUCUAGUCGAACAAGAUGCCUUAGUUGUAGAUCAUGCAAAGGGUGCUUUCCGCCUGAAAGAUUUAUAUAUUCGUCCAAAUUUGGCGUCUAAACGUGUAACAGGCACCUUGGAGGCACAUUCAAAUGGUUUUCGUUUCACAUCAGUUCGUGGUGAUCAAGUUGACAUAUUGUAUAAUAAUAUCAAGCAUGCCUUUUAUCAACCGUGUGAUGGUGAAAUGAUUAUUCUAUUGCAUUUUCAUUUAAAGAAUGCUAUAAUGUAUGGAAAGAAAAAGCAUACAGAUAUACAAUUCUAUACAGAAGUUGGUGAAUUAACUACAGAUUUGAGUAAAACACAUUCACGUAUGCAAGAUCGUGAUGACUUGGAAGCUGAACAAAUGGAACGUGAAAUGCGUGAACAAAUUAAAUUAGCCUUUCGAUCAUUUGUUGACCGAUCGGAGAAUUUAGCAAAAAGAUAUGAUUUAGAAUUUGAAAUACCAUUCCGUGAAUUAGGUUUUCAUGGUUGUCCAUUCCGAUCCACUGUACUCAUGAUGCCGACGAGUAGUGCACUGAUGAGUGUUGUUGAAUUGCCCGCAUUUGUUGUCACCUUGGAUGAAGUCGAGUUUGUUAUGUUGGAACGUGUCAGUCUAUCGAUUCGUACCUUUGAUAUGGUAUUCGUCUUUAAAGAUUAUCAUAAAAAACCGGCUAUGAUCAAUUCAAUUCCUAGUACAGCAUUGGAAUUAGUGAAAGAAUGGUUACUAUCAUGUGAUAUCUUUUAUGCUGAAGCAACUAAAUCAUUGAAUUGGCCUAAACUAAUGAAAACUAUCCUUGAUGAUCCUGAAGGAUUUGUUGAACAAGGCGGUUGGUCAUUUGUCUCACCAGAUGAAGAUGAUGAUGAAGAUGAAGAAGACACAGAGGAUGAUGAUGAAAAUUAUGCUCCAUCAGAAAGUGAAUUGUCAGGGGAUGGUGAAGAAGACGGCAGUGGUGCAGCGUCUUCCAGUGAAGAAGGCGAUGAUGAUGAAGAUUGGGAAGCUGAAGAGGACUCAGAUGAACCAGAGAGUUUAGAUUCAGAUGAAUCAGAAGGCAAAGAUUGGGAUGAAUUAGAAGAGGAGGCUAGAAAAGAGGAUGCUAAAAAUGCUCUAAUUGAAGAGGUUGCUCCUAAAAAGCGUCCACAUGGUCGUAGUCCAUCACCAGCUGCAAAGAAGAAAUCUCGUCAUGAUUCACCGAAGAAGAAGCAUAAACAUCGAUAA